AUGUUUGAUCUUAUGGAAUCAGAUGCUACUCUCUUGCUGGAUGACUUUCCCAGACCUCAAACAAGGAUAACCGAGUCAUUGUCUUUAAUCGAACACACCUUGGAAUGGUAUGAUCAUAUUUCUUGUGCAUUUUUACUGUAUGAAGAUCCUCGCGAAGCUCUGGAAAAAAUUUCGACAUUACGAGAAAGUUACAAUAAUAAAUCGGAAUGGCGUCACACUAUUCUGACUCCACUUUUUCAUUGCAACAAAGAGGAUGGUCUAAACAGUAAUAUGUCGGAAAAGUUGACUGAAGUUCUGCUCGUGGUAAAGCACUACGGAUUAUUGAACAUUCUUGAAAUAGCCGUCAAUUCCACUGUUCACAUCGAUCAACUACGUUUAAAGCUCUUUGAUUUCAUUGAUGAAAUGAAUGAAGAGCAAGCAAAGAAAUGGGUUGAACAGAUGACUUCUGAGAGAGGAUUUCCCAAAAAUGACCCGUCGUGGUGCCUCGAAAUGCAUUGCCUCAAAUGGAUUGCGGAAGGCAAAAUAUCCAGACACGAAGACCUUUCUAAUCUUUUAACCAAACCUGUAACAGAAAGCUCGUCAUUAGAGAAGCUCAAAGUAGACUUACCCCUACCACUUGCCACUGCCAUCGAGGCGAAAUUCCCAUUACAGCCUGAAGUUUCACCAGCAGGUCCCAGCAAAUUUGAAAUCUCGUAUGGACUUUGCAUUAUCAUCAAUCAAAUGAGAUUCUAUGUCGAUCAAGACCUUCCUCAACCCAGAACAAGGGGGAACCUUACCUUCCGCUACGGAUCGGAUGCUGAUCGUGAUAAACUAUCGGAAACGUUCCGAAUGCUUGGCCACGACGUUGAAAUUUACGAAAACCUUAGCAAGAAUGAAUUGCUAACAACAAUGGAAAACAUUUCAAAGUAUGACUUUAGACAGUAUGACAGUUUGGUCGUGUGUUUCUUGACGCACGGCGACAAGGGGAUCAUUUUCACAGCAGAUUCCAUACCAAUCUCGCUGGAUUUAAUCAAGUCUUACUUUGACGGAGAUCGCUGUCCCCAUCUUUUGGAGAAACCAAAAUUAUUUUUCUUGCAAGCAUGCCAAGGGCAAGAAAAUCAAAAACGGAUCUGCUAUGACGACAUUCAACAUGACAGUGUCGUCCGGCCAGCCGUUUCUAACUUUUUCGAAGCAUGGGCUACCGUGCCAGGUUUCCUGUCUUAUCGGUCUACUCACAAAGGUGCUGUCUUUGUCGGUGAAUUAUGCCACGUUCUUCAGAAGUACGCACACAAAGAACCCUACGGAUUGUUGGACUUGAUGACCGUAGUUAAUGACCGCGUGAGUCGGUGGGAGACCCCGGGCUUUAGGGUACAAAUGCCUUGCAUCGUAUCCUGUCUUACACGCGGUAUACGUUUUAAGCGGAACGAAAAGAAGCUCGUCGAAGCUGUUGUGGACCAAUUGGAAAGGGAACUAAUGAAUUUAGCCAUUAUGUCGGCUACCCGUUACAUGUGGAAAACGGAUCCCGCUACCCUUCAGAAAACCAUGAAUACGUGGAGCUCCUAACUAUUACCAUGGUACCAAUAUCUUCGUUGCUUUACAUCCAUUCACGCUGAACUUUUCGAUACAAUGAGAGUUCAGCCAGAAUUUUUCCGUAUAUCUGAUGGUAUACAACAUUAUUGUGAUUUAAAUAUUUCUUAAGCUGUUCGGAUGAAUUUGGGAUAAAAGCAUUUUUACAAAUAUUGCGCGCAAGUAAAGUUUAAAUAUCGAUCACUUGAUUACAGACUUAGUGGAAUUUUUGAUUUCGAAAGAAAUACCUUUUAUGUUCAGUUAACUGAAAGCUCUUCAUUUACAUGGCAACCAAUUCGGCUGUUGUUGCACCUUUGCAGGUCGAUUCGUGGUGUCUAAGCUCUCGAUAGUAACACAAGACGAUCCACCACAAAUAAGUUUCCAAUCCUAACGUUUGGAAAAGAUACGCGCAAAUAUUGCCGUUCAACCUGUAAUACACUUAUCAUCUGAA